GGGGGGGGGGCGUGUGUGUCGGACGGUGUGCUGUGAGCGCAUUGCGUGGGCAUCCAGUCAGGCCUGGGGAAGUGCUGCAGCGCGCCGUUGUUGAGCUGAAGCCGGAGUGGGAGCCGUGGGGCCCGUUCUUAGCUUCGAAGCUCAAGUUUCCUGUGACGACGUACCAGCGGAAGUAUUCCGUGGCGAGCGGCUCUAAAGAUGCGCGCCGUCCCUUCUGGAGGCGGCGUCGCCUGCGACGUGCGACAGGCCCUUUCAAUUUUCUUUACGACAGCUCAUUCAGGGAUAGUGCAAUCCGCACCCCAACAAUGCUUGGCCUCACACCCUGGCUGCGUGUCCGUUUUUUAAAUGCGCAAUGGAGCUUCGUCAGCUCCAACGUUUCUUCCUUGCCUCACAUGAUUUCUAUUUUAUUUCUUGCUGCUAUUGCUGUUUUGUCUGCUUUUUGUUUUCUUUCGAUUCUCUCGCACACGGGCACUGAGCCUUGGAGGAAAGAGUGUGUGGGGGUGGGUAGGGUAUAA